AUGGCGCCCGAUUUGAGCACCGUGAAUCCGUCUGGGACUCGGCCGCGUGCUUCCACAACGGUUCCUCCCGACAUGGCAUCACAGUCGCCGACCCCGCGGCAACCGGUACAAGGACCACAUACAACACUGCAUUCUCUUCAGAAUCCCGGGAGCCCACCCCUAGGCACGGGUGAUUAUGGCAUCACAAGUACAGCACAGGGGCCAUUGCGUCACCCGCAGCCGCUGACGCCUUCGGAUCUACAUUUAGUGCUUGAAAAGGAGCAGGAAGCAAUGGUAAACCGAUUGACUCGCGAGCUUUCUCUACUCCGGCACCAGACAGCGUCCGUAUCAUCGACAGCAUCAUCUACAUCCACAUUCAAUGAACCAGAUGCACGCGCAUCCCCUACCUUGAGCAAUUCGGGCCGACCCCAUUCAACACGACGGCACCGGUCCAAUUCAAGCUUAAGCUCACAUGCAUCGGCGGGUCAGGUCCCCCAGACAGCAAGUGUAACGGGCAUUGCGCCCUCCCGAGAGACCAGUCUGCACUCCCGAACUGCUCGCAGCCGAGAACCCUCUCUGACAUCUCGCCGUCCAUCAAUCGGGUCAUUAUCAACAUUCUCGCAGAGCAACAGCAGCGUGUAUCCCCACCGGAACUCGAUCUCGCAGACCCAGCUGGGGUAUUCGCCAACUACAUCCCUAUCCCGUUUUGAAGAGGCAACUCAACACCGAUCGGAGCUGGAAUCCAUCAAGCGGGAAAAUGAGCAGCUCAGAAAGCGUGUCAAGGAUCUGGAGCAAAAACUGAAGAAGCAGAAAGACACAGUGUCAUCAGUAUCAACAAGUGAUAUCUCUGUAACACCCUCUUCUGACGAGAUUGCGGAGUAA